ACAUUGGACCUGUUAGGGCUUAGCGUGUCGGCAAAGCACAGCUCGGCAAGCAUAAACGAUCUGUAUAUCGUAGUCUUGACUAAUUGGCCAGAAUAUACGCAAUUCUGGGAUGUCAAUCGGGGAGAAAAUUCGAAAUAAACAGAAACGUUGGGAAUGUUUCUUGGCAGGCACGUUUCCGUUUGUGGAAUGUACUACGAGAUGUUCCAAUUAAACAGAGCAUACUUGUUAUCCCCUAUCAAUGACGAUUUGAAGAUAAUAGCAUAUAGCAAUCUGUUGAGUAUGUGUUCAGGGAACUGUCAAACUCAACGCUGCAGAUUGCUGUGCACAAAACCCAGACCAGUUAGUCCAGCAUUACUUGACCGCCAACGAGCGGUGACAGGCUGCCACAUACUGCCGGCCAUAUUCUGUUGGGACUAUAGAUGCAGUGUACACGAAUUCGCCGCAGAUGGGAGAUCUGGCCCGACACCCCGCAGCGUUGUUGCAUUGCUCCCUGUUACUAUCAGUGGAAAAGUGUACCUAGCUACGCUGUUUGGGAAGCGGGAUCCUAGUUCAUUGGGUUACCAAGACACCGGAAAGAUGCUUAGUGACGUGUGGGUGUGAUAUCGAGAAAAGGACAUGGGUUGAGGUUGAUGCGAGAGGUGGUGUGCCGGAUGGAUUGGGAGAGGAUAAUGAGCGGUUGAGGGAUGUGUGGAUUUUGAAGAUUAGUUUGAGAGGUUACACGAUGGUGGAAGAGUU